GGGGGCUGGGCAGCGGGCAGGCAGGACAGGGCCUGGAGCCGGUCCAGGAAGGAGCUAAUGAUCAACCCGCUGCGGUGUCUGUGCAGCCGCGCUGGGCCUGCCUCUCCGUCACCGGCCCUCAGGCGCAGGGAGGAAGUAGGGCAGGAAGCAGGGGGCGGAGGCCGCUGUGCAGUCAGCCCUGCUGUGGGCGGCCCCUGCCUGCUCCGUCCAGCUGGAGACAGCCCUGUGGGGCCAGCCAGCGCUGGGCCAGGAGUGGCCACCUGGUGCCUGCGUGCUACAGUCCUGUGGGCCUGGGAGCUGCCUCCGAGGAGCACGCCGCAGGGACACCAGGCACUGGAUUUAGGGCCAUCCUCAUCUGGAACACCCUCAUCUUAAGUGAAGGUCACUUCAUCUGCACAGACCAUUUCCAAAUAAGGCCCCAUUCUGAGGUUCCCGUGGGCAUGAAUUUUGAAAGGACAGUGUCAGCCCAGGAUGCGAGGUGACAAGUCAACCCUCCAGAGGUGCUUGGUGGCAUAGGGGAGCUGCCUCUUGGGGAGCAGCCUCUGUGAAGGGACCUGACGCCGCAGUGGUGGCCAGAACCGAGAGCAGUGCAGGGAUGGAGGAGGUGCUCACAGGACCAGGCAUGUGAGGCCUCCGCGGGUCAUGGAGAACCUCCCUGCUGUGAUCACUGAGGAGCCGACCCCCAUGGGGAGGGGUCCCGUGGGACCCUCAGGAGGGGGCAGCAGCCGGGACCAUGUCUGGACGGUGGCCACAAGGCCCUCUGUGAGCUGGGAGAAAGCGGGGCCUGAGGAGGCCAAGGCGCCGGGGAGAGGCGACGAGACUUCUGCCGCCCGUGUGGCUGGGCCGGCCGCUGGGACCCCUCCCUGGCAGAUGGGGGCUUAUCCCACAGACCUGACCUUGCAGCUGCUGGCUGUGCGGAGGAAGAGCGGGCUACAGGACCCCGGCCUACAGCAGACCCUCCGGGGCCAGCUCCGCCUGCUGGAGAAUGACAGCCGGGAGAUGGCUCGCGUGCUCGGGGAAUUAUCAGCCAGGCUGCUGUCGAUCCACAGUGACCAGGACCGGAUCGUGGUGACGUUUAAGACUUUUGAAGAAAUCUGGAAGUUUUCCACCUACCACGCUCUUGGCUUCACUCAUCACUGCCUGGCAAACCUGCUUAUGGACCAGGCCUUCUGGCUGCUCUCGCCCAGUGAGGAGGAGGAGACGGCCAUCCAAGUCCAUGUGGAUGAGAACGCCUUGAGGCUGACCCACGAGAGCCUCCUCGUCCAAGAAGGGCCCUUCUUUGUCCUGUGUCCUGACCACCAUGUGAGAGUGAUGACGGGUCCCCGGGAUGCAGGAAAUGGCCCCCAGGCCCUCAGGCGGGCUUCGGGAGCUCCCCAGGGAGAGGCGGCCCCAGAAGCAGACUCUUCACCACCGAGCCCCAGCGUGUCCUCUGAGGAGGUGGCAGUGGCAGCCGCCCUGGAGCCUUUGAUUCCAUUUCAUCAAUGUAUCUGCCCCAAAUCUGAAAUCCCGCAGCAAAGACCUCCCUCUUCUGGCUCCAGGUGGGCUCUUAGGGUCCCCCAGGACCCCAUCGAUGACGCCAUGGGUGGCCCUGUGACGCCCAACAGCCGGCUGAUGGCUGUGGGCCUGGCCUCGGCGUUGGCAGACUUCCAGGGCUCGGGGCCCGAAGAGCUGACCUUCCAAGGUGGCGACCUCAUCGAGAUCCUUGGGGCGCGGGUGCCCGGCCUGCCCUGGUGCGUGGGCCGACACGCAGCCUCGGGCCAGGUGGGGUUUGUGCGGAGCGGCCUCAUCAGCAUGCAGGGCCCCGUGUCCGAGAUGGAAAGUGCGAUUUUUCUCAAUGAGGAAGAAAAGUCAUUCUUCAGCGAGGGCCGCUUUUCUGAGGAGGAUGCCAGGCAGUUGCUGAGGCGGAUGUCAGGCACUGAUGUCUGCAGCGUGUACAGCCUGGACUCAGUAGAGGAAGCUGAGACCGAGCAGCCGCAGGAAAAAGAAAUGCCUCCACCUUGCCUGGGCCCGGAGCCACAGGAGACCCUGCAGAAGGUGAAGAAUGUUCUGGAACAAUGCAAGACCUGCCCAGGCUGCCCCCAGGAGCCAGCAUCCUUGGGUCUCUGUGCGGCAUCCAGCAACGUGAGCUUGCAGGACCCCGAGGAGCCCUCCUUCUGCUUGGAAGCUGAGGACGACUGGGAGGAUCCAGAGGCCCUGAGCUCACUGCUGCUGUUCCUGAACACCCCCGGAUACAAGGCCAGCUUCCGUGGCCUGUACGACGUGGCACUGCCAUGGCUGAGCAGCGUGUUCUGCAGCUUUAGCGAUGAGGAGGAGCUGACUGGGCGCCUGGCACAGGCCCGAGGGGCGGCUAAGAAAGCUGGCCUCCUCAUGGCCCUGGCCAGGCUCUGCUUCCUCCUGGGGCGGCUGUGCAGCAGGAGGCUCAAGCUGUCCCAGGCCCGGGUGUACUUUGAGGAAGCACUGGGGGCCCUGGAGGGCAGUUUUGGGGACCUGUUCCUGGUGGUGGCUGUGUACGCCAACCUGGCCAGCAUUUACCGGAAGCAGAAGAACCGGGAGAAGUGUACACAGGUGGUUCCCAAAGCCAUGGCCCUGCUCCUGGGGAUGCCCAGCCACAUCUGCAGCACUGAGGCGGAGGGGGAGCUCCUGCAGCUGGCGCUGCGGCAGGCGGUGGGUGGCCAGAGCCUGCAGGCCGAGGCCCGGGCCUGCUUCCUGCUGGCCAGGCACCACGUGCACCUCAAGCAGCCCGAGGAGGCCCUGCCCUUCCUAGAGCGGCUGCUGCUUUUGCACAGGGACUCGGGAGCCCCAGAGGCUGCGUGGCUCUCAGACUGCUACCUACUCCUGGCUGACAUCUACAGCCGCAAGUGCCUGCCCCACCUGGUGCUGAGCUGUGUCAAGGUGGCCUCAUUGAGGACACAGGACUCGCUGGCCGGCUCGCUGAGGAGCGUGAACCUGGUGCUCCAGAACGCCCUCCAGCCCCACAGCCUCCCCACACAGACUUCCCACUACCUCAGGCGAGCGCUGGCCUCCCUAACCCCGGGCACAGGCCAGGCGCUGUGCGGCCUUCUCCACGCCAGCCUGGCCCAGCUGUACAGCCACCAUGGCUACCACAGCCCGGCCAUCACCUUCAUGACGCAGGCAGUGGAAGCCAGUGCUGUUGCCGGAGUCCGUGCCAUCGUGGACCGCCUGGUGGCCCUGGCCUGGCUGCACGUGCUUCAUGGGCAGAGCCCGGUGGCCCUGGACAUCCUGCAGUCUGUCCAGGAUGCAGUGGUGGCCAGCGAGGACCAGGAGGGCGUGAUUGCCAACAUGGUGGCCGUAGCUCUGAAGAGGACGGGCCAGACGAGGCAGGCAGCCGAGGGCUACUACCGUGCCCUACGGGCGGCUCGGGACCUGGGCCAGCGGAGGAACCAGGCAGUGGUGCUGGCCAACUUCGGGGCCCUGUGCCUGCACGCGGGUGCCAGCAGGCUGGCCCAGCACUACCUCCUGGAGGCCGUGCGGCUGUUCUCGAGGCUGCCCUGUGGGGAGUGUGGCCGGGACUUCACCCACGUGCUCCUGCAGCUGGGCCACCUCUGCACCCGCCAGGGCCCGGCCCAGCAGGGCAAGGGCUACUAUGAGUGGGCCCUUUUGGUCGCCGUGGAGAUGGGUCAUGUGGAGAGCCAGCUGCGGGCCGUCCAGAGACUGUGCUACUUCUACAGCACCGUCAUGCCCAGCGAGGCCCAGUGUGUCAUCUACCAUGAGCUCCAGCUCUCCCUGGCCCGCAAGGUGGCUGACAAGGUGCUGGAGGGGCAGCUCCUGGAGACCAUCAGUCAGCUCUACCUGUCCCUGGGCACCGAGCGGGCCUACAAAUCCGCUCUAGACUACACCAAACGAAGUCUGGGGAUUUUCAUUGACCUCCAGAAGAAAGAGAAGGAGGCUCAUGCCUGGCUGCAAGCAGGGAAGAUCUACUACAUCCUGCGGCAGAGCGAGCUGGUGGACCUGUACAUCCAGGUGGCACAGAAUGUGGCCCUGUACACAGGGGACCCCAACCUGGGGCUGGAGCUGUUUGAGGCAGCUGGAGACAUCUUCUUCAAUGGGGCCUGGGAGCGGGAGAAAGCUGUGUCCUUCUACCGGGACCGGGCCCUGCCCCUGGCAGUGACUACGGGCAACCGCAAAGCGGAGCUGCGGCUGUGCAACAAGCUGGUGGCACUGCUGGCCACGCUGGAGGAGCCCCAGGAGGGCUUGGAGUUUGCCCACAUGGCCCUAGCACUCAGCAUCACUCUGGGGGACCGGCUGAACGAGCGCGUGGCCUACCACCGGCUGGCCGCCCUGCACCACCGGCUGGGCCACAGCGAACUGGCGGAGCACUUCUACCUCAAGGCCCUGUCGCUCUGCAACUCGCCGCUGGAGUUUGACGAGGAGACCCUCUACUACGUGAAGGUGUACCUGGUGCUCGGUGACAUCAUCUUCUACGACCUGAAGGACCCGUUUGAUGCAGCUGGGUACUACCAGCUGGCACUGGCAGCCGCCGUGGACCUGGGCAACAAAAAGGCACAGCUGAAGAUCUACACGCGGCUGGCCACCAUCUACCACAACUUCCUCCUGGACCGCGAGAAGUCGCUCUUCUUCUACCAGAAGGCCAGGACCUUCGCCACAGAGCUCAACAUCCGCAGGGUCAACCUGCCUCCUUUGCCACUCUGCGGGUGGGUCCCCUGGUUGGCCCCCAGCCACCCUCGCUGAGGACAGCAUCUGAGGGAGUGGGUUUUGUGCGAGGAGGAUGGUCUCCUGCCUCUCCUGGUGUCUCCCGUGGCUCAUUUUCUGGGAAAUGGAGGCAUGAAAGCAGGGUUCAAAUAGCAAUAAAUGUUUGGGUUUUUUUCUGCAAUAA